UUCAAAGUUAUCAGUAAAAAAACAUGACUUUUCGUAUACAAUGUUGUUUCUGUGACAAAAUUACUAAUUUUUCUAAAUUUUUUGGAUAGAAGAGAAAUUGUUCUUCUCCACCGGUGUUUAGUGUUCAUCAACUUACCAUUUUAGAGGGAGAAAUAUGUCUAGUCCUCCAAAGAUGAUAGAGAAAAUUCUGAACUCUACUUACAUGUAUCACCUCUCAUUCAUUCUCCCCUUCCUCUUGUUCAUAGUCUUCCUAUGUAAAUGGCUCUCAACCACAAUCCAAAACUUACCACCAUCUCCACCAAGAUGGCCAAUUCUAGGACACCUUCACAAGCUAGGCAUGUCCCCUCACCGUUAUCUCCGAUCCUUGUCUGAGCGUUAUGGCGACCUUAUGUUGAUCUACUUAGGAAACAAACCUACGAUUAUAGUCUCGUCUGCAAGGGUAGCAAAAGAGAUCAUGAAAACACAUGAUGCUUCAGUCUCCAGCAGACUCAAGUUAAGCAUAUAUAAUAAGCUUCUUUACAACUGCAGUGAUGUAGCUGGUUCCCCUUAUGGAGAAUAUUGGAGGCAGAUGAAGAGUAUAUUUGUGCUUCACCUUCUGAGCAGUAGAAGAGUUCGGUCUUUCAGGGAUGUCAGAGAGGAAGAAACCGCUUUGCUGAUGGAGAAAAUUCAGCAAAAUAAUGGAUCAGUUGUGAAUUUGAGUGAAUUGUUUGCAAACAUGACAUAUGAUGUGAUAUGCAGGGUUGCGUUUGGAGGAAAACACAGUGGAAAUCAGCAAAGUGGUGCUGAUGUUAAGGAGGUGUUAAAAGAGUUUGAAGAACUGAUCGGACUAUUUAAUGUUGGGGAUUUCAUACCCUGGUUGGCUUGGGUGAAUCGAUUCAAUGGUAUCAAUAAAAGAUUGGAGAAAGUUUCAAAAGGCAUUGAUUUGAUACUGGAAGCGAUACUUGCAGAGCACGAACACUUAGAUCGACAUAAUCAAGCAGGAAAUCGUGGUGACGGUAAGGAUGAGAACAAAGGUAAGGAUUUUGUAGAUGUUUUACUUGAAGUUCAGAAGGAAAAUUCAGCUGGUUUUCAUCUUGAAAGAGAGAGCAUCAAAGGUUUGAUAUUGGAUGCAUUUGCAGCAGGAACUGAUACAACCUCUGCUGUGUUAGAAUGGACAAUGACAGAGAUCUUACGAAAUCCCAGAAUAAUGGAACAACUGCAAAAAGAAGUUAGAAGAAUUGCUGGAGACAAAGAUCAGAUAACUGAAGAUGAUUUGGAGAAAAUGAAGUACUUGAAAGCGGUGAUCAAGGAAUCCCUACGGCUGCACCCACCAAUUCCUUUACUGGUGCCUCGUGAAUCAACUCAAGAUAUAAAAAUAGAUGGUUAUGACAUUGCUGCUAAGACUUGUGUUAUGAUUAACGCGUGGGCAAUCCAGAGAGAUCCUCUUACUUGGGAAGAGCCUGAAGAGUUCUUUCCUGAGAGGUUCUUGAAUUCUGAAAUAGAUUUCAGAGGACAGGACUUUGAGCUAAUUCCAUUCGGAGGCGGCAGAAGGAUUUGCCCAGCAAUAUCAUUCGCAAUGACUAAUAACGAGUUUGUGUUAGCAAACCUUAUGCUCAAGUUCAAGUGGACGUUCCCUGGAGGAGUCAAUGGUGAAACGCUGGACAUAUGUGAAGGCUCGGGUCUUACUAUACACAAGAAAACUCCUCUUCUUGUUGUUGCUACUCCACACCUUCACCAGUAAGUAACAAUGUGUAAACUAGUAGAAACUAAAUAUUUACUGCCAUGUAGUCUUAGGUUCUCCUUCCAAUCUUCCAUAAGUAUUUCAGUCUACUAAAUUCUUCAGUUUCUCAAGUUGUACUCGUAAAGGUGUCAAGCUAUACACAAGAACAUCUGAAGACACUACAUAGAAUGCUAGAUUUUGGCAUAUAUAACCGUAACUGAAGACAUGUACCGAACAAAUAAAGAGAAGAGAAGCAAGAAUUGAGUUUCUCAGGCAACACUUUCAGUUGCCCUGCUA